UUAUUGAUUAAGUAAGAACUUUUCCGAUAGUUGUCAUCUUGAGUCAUGUCUGACUAAGGGCUGUAUUUUUGCGUAGUAGCGUCUAACUCAAAUGUAGGUCAACGUGCACAUCUAAUCGACAGGGCCGGCCAAUGGCUUCCUGCGCGCCAAAACUCUCCCUUUGGUUGAGGAUAUGGCUUUAAUGAUGGAGCUGGUGAUGAUAUUGAUGACAGCCUCACAGCCCUGCAGCGACUGGAGAAAUACCUGCUCAGCGACAACAUUUUUAACAGGCAAAUGGUUGCACGGGGUCUUCUGGACACGCUGCGAACUGUUGCUGAGAGUAACGAAGAUGCGAUGGCUGUUCUCAAAGCAAUGGUUAAACUUUCUGAAGAUCAAGAACCAUCUGUACGUUCAGAGUUGAUGGAGCAGGUUCCUCAUAUUGCCGUAUAUUGCCAAGAAAACCAGCAUAUAUUUGCCGAUGCAAUACCAACUUAUGUCCUGUCUAUGGUGGUCCGGUACCUAAAUGAUUGCAAUAAUCAGGUGAGGAAAACAAGCCAAGCAGCCUUGUUGGUAUUGUUGGAACAAGAGCUAGUUCGUAAAGAGGAUAUUGAAGAGCAAGUAGUGAAUGUAAUUCUUGACCUAUCUAGUCCUGACAGCCUUGACGAUUAUCGUACAGAAGCUGUAGCGUUGAUGAGCAAGAUGGCACCACUGCUUGGAAAGGACAUUACUGAGCGACUGUUUCUACCAAGAUUUUCAGAAAUGUGCACCGAUCCAUUGUUCCAUGUGAGAAAGGUUUGUGCUGCAAACUUCGGGGAAGUGUCGGCAGUGGUUGGCUGUGACAAUACUGAAGAACAUUUAUUGCCAAAGUUUUUCUACCUCUGUGAAGAUGGUGUUUGGGGAGUGCGCAAAGCGUGUGCUGAAUGCUUCAUGAAUGUGUCAUGUUCGUGCUCGCUGGAUAUCCGCCGACACGAGUUGGCAAACCUCUUUGUAAAUUUGCUCUGUGAUCAGUCUAGAUGGGUACGAAUGGCAGCAUUUCAACAGUUGGGUCCAUUUAUUUCCACAUUUGCAGACCCUCGAACAACAGGCUUGUUUGUAAAUGAAGAUGGAUCUUUAUUCUUUAGAAAUCCUGAUGGUACAGAAGGGAUUGAUAUGGAUGAAGAAAGCAUACGGAAAGCUGCCAAAGAAGCUCUGGGCUGUGAUAUUGAUAGUUUUGAUGAGCAGUUGAGUAAUUUUCACAACACUUGUGAAGGGUCUACCGAAACAAUGGCAGACCUUAAAUUAAGUGAAGAAAUAAUGGACCUUAAUAUAAGUGAUGAUUCUGACUUGGUUGAAACCGAUUUUUCGGAAAUAUUGGCCGUGGACAAUUCCGAUGACACUUCUUUUGAGGAGAGAAGAGCAGAAAUGUACACCGAAAAGAAAAACCUGCUCUACGAACCAACAGUGGAAGGGAAAGAAAGUGAAAUAAAAGAAGUUGACAGUAAUAGAAACAAAAUCUGUGAUAAAGACAGUGAUACUAAUGUAUGUGAUUCAAACUCUUCUAAUGCUGUAAGUGAUGGUCCUUCCGAAUCUGCUUCUGUCGAAAGUGCAGAGACCGAUGCUGGUGAAUCGGACAAUACAACUGCAAGCACAGAUACGGAUUUGGCGGCUUCCGUCGCCGAUGCUACUAAAGGAGGCGCUGGCACGCCUCUAGAAUCAACACCUCCAGAGUCGUCAAAUGACCAGCCACGUUCCAGAAGCGGUGAUGGGGAUCAAGUUCAGACUUUCAAUGCCUUCCAGUUCUGGAGACCACCGUUCCCGUCGUUGGAUGUGGAUUUUGAUCUUGUCGAUGGUGCUCCAUAUCACCCCAAUGUUAUAACUAAAUUUGAGGACCAAACGUCUGGAAGCAGUGAUGUCGAAACUGGCAGCAAUGAAGGCGGUGGGGAUAGAAUGGAAGACUGGGUGAAGAUACACACAGCUAGUGUCAGUACGUUCAGUGAGGAGGGAGAGACCGUGGACAAUAUUGGAAGCACACACAUCCUCGGUCAACAGAUAAAUGACGUGCCUAUGGCAGUGGUGGAUGGAAUUGCUCAAGAUAAAGAUUGUUUUCCAGAUUUGAGUACCAGCAGUAUCGGCUACAUUGACAGUGACAGAUCUAUUUCCCCACACGAGAGUCCUUGUGAUGAUGCAACAUUAGCACAACAACAGCUUGUACAUUUUCAGGACGUGAUACCCGAAAGUCUGCUAGAAAACUAUCUUGGAAUGGUGGACGCGUCUCGUGCGCAGACUGUGGACACUGAAAUAACGCGACACUGUGCAUACAACUUGCCAGCCGUGGCCUAUACCCUGGGACGGCAGAACUGGCACUGUAUAAAAAACCUGUAUGAAAAGCUGGCACAAGACAUGCAGGUAAAUGAGUGGAAAGUUAGACGUACCCUUGCAUUCUCAUUACACGAGAUGGCCGUUAUUCUUGGCGAAGAAAUAACACACAAAGAUCUAGUUCCAGUGUUUGAAGGAUUUCUCAAAGAUCUUGAUGAAGUUCGAAUUGGCAUUUUGAAGCACUUAGCUGACUUUGUCAGGUUACUAAAACCUGAUGUUAGAAGACGUUACCUAGGUAGAAUACAAGACUUCAUGACAACUGAUAACCAUAGAAACUGGCGUUUUAGACUAGAGCUUUCACAGCAGCUGGUUUCACUCUGUGAACUUUACAGUACAAAUGAUAUUACUCGCUACCUCGUACCAAUAGCUAUGAAUCUGGCAUCUGACAAAGUUGCUGAAGUGAGACAUAUAGCUUUCAGACUGAUUAGCAUAAUAUUACGGAGACUUUAUGAAGAUGGGGAGGAAAAUUUAACAGUGGUGCUUGUGAGAGAUCUAGUAGACCAGUUUGCAAUGAGUUCUCGGUGGCUUAGACGGCAAAACUUUGCUCAGUGCUGUCGUGUUAUCUUGGAAGAGAACUCUCUGCCUCCUUCAAUAGUUGUUCAAGGACUCUUGCCUCCUCUCCUUGCCCUGGGUACAGACGCUAUACCAAACGUUAGACUAUCAGCUGCCAGAGUCCUUGCUCAGAAUAUAGUGCCUUCAGAAUUCUACACCUCGCAAAAGAAUCCACAUCAUGAAGAUCUUUUGCAAAUAUUGCAGAAGUUACAAGCAGAUAAUGAUCGGGAUGUGAGAUACUUCGUCACAAAGCCUCCAGAAACUGAUAUUUCUCUUGAUACGGUACCAGUUUAAUUUGCUAAAACAAAUUACCAAUUGUUACAGCUACACUGAAGUGAAGGCUUGUUGCGAUCUCCAAAAUGCUGUAGCAGUUGCCUACAAACUCCACAUGCUCAAUAAUCCAGUAUCGAGAUGCAAUGUUUGUGUGUGGAUAAUUCAACUUGUGAUACUUAAAGACUAUUUCAAUGGACACAUUAUGAGAUAAGCGCGUGUGAUUUAAAAAAGAAAAGAAAAGAAGAAGAAGAAAAAUACUGUACCCACCUAUCUAGGGCACAUUUUGUGGGAAACUUGGUCUAUAUAUCCAAAGGGAUAAGCAUGAAUCUUAAUUGUUGUAAACGCAGGUCAAAUGGUCGAUUGAUUUAAAGCACUGUACUGUCGAACCGUUUAGGUGGACAUUAAUAUAUAGUUUGGAUGUAAAAUUAUCUAUGCAAAUAACAUGAAACUUGUUAGGACACGUUUUGUUUUGUUUGGUGUGUGCAAAUUUUUAUUUUAUUGAGCUUUGUGUGAAUGGUAUAAUUUGCAUUGAAUUUGAAGAUUGUGGGUGGGAGGGGUUGAUGUUUUAAGUGUGCAGCUCCCUAAUUAUACAAAGUUUAUAUUUACGAUUGUAACAUGUUGACAUUAUAUUGUAUUUUCCCCAAUUUU